GUCAUGAUUGUAAACCAGCCUUUAGCUUAGAAGAUCUGAUAGAAGAAGUAGGGUUAUCGGCAUCGCGUCGUUGACAUUCCUUCUUGAUGAUAAACAAAUUUAUUUAGAGAUAAAAAUAAAGUUGGAAUAAAUAGCCGUAUAUUUAUUUUAAAAGUGUUUGUUUAAUCGCAGUUCUCUUUUGAACCCUGUUCAAGAUGAUUCACUUAAAACUUGGUUUGUUAUUCUUUGUUCUUUCAGCAGCCAAUUGUGAAAAUUUUGUCAGAGUAUCUUUGACCAAAGGAAAGUCUGUUCGAAACACUCUUCGAGAUGUAGGUACUCACGUCCAGCAAGUAAAGUUGAGAUAUGUUUCUGUUGAUCCUUCUCCAGAGCCUCUAACUAAUUAUUUGGAUGCUCAAUAUUACGGCCCUAUUUCCAUUGGUACCCCGCCUCAAAAUUUUAACGUAAUUUUUGACACUGGAUCAUCAAAUUUGUGGGUGCCAUCUAAGAAAUGCGAAUUGCUGAAUAUAGCUUGUCUUCUUCAUAACAAGUAUGAUGCCACAAAAUCUUCUACGUACAAGGAAAAUGGAACCGAAUUUGCAAUUACAUAUGGUUCUGGCAGCCUUUCUGGAUAUUUGUCUACUGACUCCCUUAGUGUCGGUUCUGUUCAAGUGAGAGAUCAAACUUUUGGAGAAGCUAUUAAAGAGCCUGGCUUAACGUUUAUUGCUGCCAAAUUUGAUGGUAUUCUCGGCAUGGCUUAUCCUCGAAUUUCUGUCGAUGGAGUUACUCCAGUAUUUUAUAACAUGAUUAAUCAAAAUUUGGUUGCUGCACCUAUAUUUAGUUUUUAUCUGAACAGAGACCCUGACGCACAAACCGGAGGCGAAAUUAUUUUGGGCGGAUCAGAUCCUAACUAUUAUGAAGGAGAUUUUACUUAUCUGCCUGUAGAUCGUCAAGCGUAUUGGCAAUUUAAAAUGGAUAGUGUACAAGUGGCUGAUCAAUCAUUGUGCAAAGGCGGAUGUGAAGCUAUUGCUGAUACCGGAACUAGCCUAAUUGCUGGACCAACGGAGGAAAUUGCAGCACUUAAUAAAGCUAUUGGUGCUUCCGCUAUUGUUGGUGGAGAAUAUAUAGUUGACUGUAAUAGUAUUUCAUCCUUACCAAAGAUUAACAUUACCCUAGGCGGUAAUUUAUUUACCUUGGAAGGUGAAGAUUAUGUACUAAAAGUAUCAGAAUUAGGUCAAGUGACAUGCAUCUCUGGCUUUCUUGGACUUGAUGUACCAGCCCCUGCAGGUCCAUUAUGGAUUUUAGGUGAUGUUUUUAUUGGAAAAUAUUAUACUGAGUUUGAUGCUGGCAAUAACCGUGUCGGUUUUGCUACGGCAAAACGGGGUUAAUUAUGUUAUUAAUUAUAUUAUAGUUCUUUUUGGCUGUAUAACUAGAUUUUUAAGCUAUAGAUUGAAAGAUAAUAAAAGUUAAAUUACUACUUGA